AGAUGGUUUUCAGUACGGUUCGAAUCCUCUCCGGGUCUAGAAAUGCCAUCGUCCGAACGAUGCACCUCCGUUGCAAGUCCGUUUCCGUUACGGACAGUCGGCGUUACCGGCUGCGUGAACAGUGAGUGCUUUCAAAGUGCCAUACAAUUGCCGAGCAGUCAGUGAUUAUUUUACGUGUACAGAAGCACAGUAAUCAGCAGCUACAUUAAAUCAAGUGUAGUGGAAAUCUGUGGAUUGUGAGGCCUAAAAGUUGAUCGUGUGCGGUGAUUUACGACUGAUCGUAGUGGCAUUUUCUUGUGUACACGCUAGAGGAACAAAGCUCCACUUGAAGUGACGUUACUUAGUUAAUUUUAUAUCAUUUGUGAAGCUUUUUUAAAAAAAAGCAAACUUAACAUCAAAAUCAUUAGGUCGGAGUUUGGUACAUUUACUGCGAGCCAGUAUUUGUAAACAACGCAGGGCGCAGAUCCUUGAGGAGGCAACUAUUGCUGCACGGAGGAUGCUUUCUGGCCUAUCUGGAAAAUUGAAGGCGAAAUAGCACUGUUCUCAACCAUCAUACUAUCGUCGAGUCUGUUUCGUUGCUUUUAAAUUUUUUCACAAAUCGCGAUUUUUAAAAUCCCAUUGCUGUCGCCGAUCACUUAGUGACUCCUAACUUUUUUUUACGCCGGCACGCGCACUAAACUAGUUUUCCCGGUAGUUUGUACCGAGUUUCCGUGUCGCACUUUCACGUAAGUUUACCAAAUCGGUUGUGAAAAGAAAAAGAUUUUAGGUACUGAUUGUAGUGUCAAGUGUGAAGUUACGCGGGAUUUCAGUGUAAUUUUCAGUGGGACCUCUUACAGUUAACACUUAAGCGCAGGAAAAACUUACGCAGAGAUGCGGAUGGGGCUGACGGCGUGGUUUUUGCUGGUCCUGUCGGUGGCGCUGCUUUCGGCUGCGGGCGUGCUCAGCGACGACUACCACUGCUACGCCGAGGACUCGAGCCCGUACCUCUUCUUCGGCUCGAAAACAGCCUAUCAAUUCGUACGCGACAAGAAUAACAUCAAACCCGUCCCAGAUUGUUUACCAGUUCAAAUUUGGAUUCUUUCGAGGCAUGGUACGCGAUAUCCUGACUUGAAAGAGAUCAAACGCCUUCAAAACUUAACCGCUGUCCGGGAACUGAUUUUACAAAAUCAUGAUGCCAGAGCUACAAGGCUCUGUGACCGGGAUGUGGAUGGGCUACGUCGCUGGCACUACAACUUAAGACCUGAACAAGACAAUCAGAUUACCUCUCAAGGACAUGAGGAUCUUUUGUUCCUAGCCAAAAAAUUAAAAAGCAAUUUUCCGGAGCUUUUGGAUGUUCCGUACUCAGAAAGCAAAUUUGAUUUUCGAACGACUGCAAAGCAGAGGACAAUUGAUAGUGCGAAAGCUUUCGCUGAAGGACUGUUUCCAGGAGUUGAUGUGAGAAUUCCCCCACCGCCAGUGCCAGACAGGUUUUUAAAUAUUCAUCAUAACUGUUCAUCAUAUGAAACCUCAACUCAUAAUCCUGAUGUAAAGAGAGAAGUUGCAGAAUUCCAAAAAUCUCAUCAUUAUUGGAAUUUAAUUAUGAGGGUCAGUAGUCGACUGGGAUUCAAGUACAAUCUGACUCCAGAAUUCAUUGACAUGAUGUAUGAGAUGUGUCGAUAUGAAAAAGCGUGGCAUAUAUCAGCAAUUUCUCCCUGGUGUGCUGUAUUCACUCCAGAUGAACUGAAGGUCCUUGAGUAUGAAGAAGACUUGAAGCAUUGGUACAAGGCUGGUUACGGGAAUGCUGAUAUGAGUGCAAAAGUCGGUUGUAUAAUCGUGCGAGAUUUGCUGACGCAUUUUGACGCCGUUAUCAAGAAUGGAUCAACGCACAGUCCAAUGGGGGUGUUCCGAUUUAGUCACUCCGGUUUGAUGUUACCCACAUUGGUCAAACUUGGUAUGGCUAAGGACAAUCAAAAAUUGACUGCCAAGAAUUAUGAUCUCUUGGGGAAGAGAGAGUGGAAAACUUCCAUGAUUGACCCCUUUGGAGCCAAUCUAAUGGCAGUGUUGUACAGGUGCAACACUGGCGAAGAGUAUAAAGUGAUAUUUUACCAGAACGAAAGGGUCGUAAAUUACCCGGGUUGCGACGUCGGCUUAUGCUCCUGGACGUACUUACAAAAUCAGCUAAGGUCUGCUUUCACGUGUACCACUGAUUUCUGUAAUUCUUCAUCUGUUCCUAAGAUCUCCUUAGUAUAUACUGUAUUCCUGUUAUUGUUAAAUGUAUUUUACUUUAAAUAAAUUAUUUAUUUAUUUAGUUUUUUA